UACUGCUUUUGGGGUUUCGCUCGGUACGCAGGGCGCAUCAUCCGAGAGCCCUGCAUCACGAAGCGGUGCUAAAGCAAAAACGCGAGGAGGGAGAGGGCGUCGCAGUCCCGGCUCCGUACUCGCAAAGAGCACCCCUUGCUAAAUCAGAGUAUGUACGCAGUGGAAAAGCAGGAGUGCAACGCUCCCACUGCUAAAGCAAGGCGCUAAAGCAGCACUCCCUGUCUACGAAGGCACGACGGGUACUGUAGUUUUAUCAGCGUCCUCCUACAUUCGCUUAGCUUCCGGAUCCUUCUUGAUCUCGUACGUAGAGUUUCACUUGCAGUACGAAGCAGACAGCUCUCGCGCUUCGCGACCGAAGGAGGCGCCGUUUAACUUGAGUUAUUCCCCACCCCUAAACCGCUCGCGCUUUGCUCGCUACGCACGCUACGCAGGGCGCAUGCUUUAGCACGCGCUCCUUACGCUCCGCAGGACGCUUGCGGAGAGGAGCCGGCCAAGCAUCUAGCAGCAGGGCACUGACUACUACGUUAAUAAUUGUUAGUUUAAGAAUUUUAAAUCUUCC